AUGGCUGCUGACGUGCAGCCCUGCAGCCCGUCUGCUGGCGACACGUCUGCGUCAGCCAACGCGUCCGCGUCUGACUCGGACGUGUCGGCUGCUCAGCUGAGCAUUGCCGUGCAGUUCAUGAGUGGCAAAGUGUUGGGGGUAGAUGUGGUGCCCGAGAUCACCAUUGGUGAGUUGAAGGAGACCUUGAAGGCAUGGCAUCCAUCUGAAGACGAGCUCACUCGCACCUUGAGUGCUGUGCAGAUCAUCCUGGAUGGACAGAACUUGGUGGACGAUGAUGCGACGGUGGACACCGUGGGGAUCUCUCCAACGGCACAAGUGCAGGUCUUGUUCACCACGAACCCCACGGUGGAAUGCAGCUCAAAAUGGGCCUGUGAAGAGCGUUCUGCAGAACUGCGGGAUGUGCGCAUUCCUGAUACUGUAAGGCUUCUUGUGCCAGAUGCCUUCAGUCACUGCACCUCUUUGCAGCGCGUCCACAUCCCCCAAAGCGUCACGGAGAUUGGGACCAAUGCCUUCGCAAGCUGCGGCUCAUUGACCCGUUUGGCCAUCCCUGACUCUGUCACUUGGAUUGGAGAUCGUGCCUUUGAAAGCUGUAUUUCUUUGAAGACUCUGACGAUCCCGGACUCUGUGGUCCAGAUUGGUAGCUUUGCCUUUGACAGCUGCAGCGCCAUGACCAGCUUGAGCAUCUCGAAAUCGCUCACAGAGAUUGCGCAGUGUGCCUUCCAAGGCUGCACGUCGUUGACCAGCUUGACCAUCCCCAACUCCGUGGGUGAGAUACAAGACGGUGCUUUCCAAAGCUGUAGCUCUUUGACCACUGUGGUCAUCCCGGAUUCUGUGGUUCGGAUCGGGCAGCACGCCUUUGCCGGCUGCACCUCUUUGAGAAGCAUGAGUCUUCCUGACUCGGUGACGCAGAUUGGCAGCAGUGCCUUUGCAGGCUGCAAGUCCUUGAGCAGCGUUCAUCUCCCGGACUCGGUGAUCUGUAUCGGAAACUGUGCUUUCGUCGGUUGCGGCUCCUUGACGGCUAUAAGAUUUCCCAAAUCUGUGACGGAGAUCAAGGGCUUUGUGUGUGCAGGCUGCACGUCUUUGAGCAGUCUGGUCAUCCCCAAGUCUGUGACUCAGAUAGGGCAUCAUGCCUUUUCAGGGUGCAAAUCACUCACAGAUUUGACGAUUCCAGACUCUGUCACUCAAAUUGGAUGGGCUGCCUUUGCUGGAUGUACUUUGACCGCAUGGCAGCUCCCUGAAGCUUUGAAAAGCCAAGCCGAAUCGAUUUUUGUCGGAGGAGAUAAUCGCAUCAGCCAGACUGGGCCAGACGUUUUCAACUGA